AUUUUGAGGUGGGGAGAGUGACAUUGGGAAAAUAGGUUGAGGGAAAAAACACUGGCGUUAUUUCCUUCAGGCUCGCUGUGAUAGUUGUACUGUCUCUUUAAUAAUAUACGGUAAAGGAUCAGGUUGCGCACCGGGUGGUACUGGUAUUAUUUACAACUGGAAAGAGACAAUUUACAGAUUGCGAUGACACCCCAGCCCAUAAUUUCUACAUUGCGCAGUGGUGUGCGUUCCUGGCGACAUCGAAGUGUUUUAGUAACGGCUUUAAGGCUCCAGGCCUUGGACUUUCGAAGCGUGCGUUGUCGGUCUACCUCGGCACCUGGUACUGUCAGAUCCAUGGAGGACAUACUGACGAGGGUUGUGGUACCGUUACCUACAUACGAGACGAAAGAGAAGUCCCCGCCUCCACCCGAAUCGAACAGUGUGGAAUUUAUGCAUUUCUACAAAAGCCUUGAAAAGGAAGAGAAGUCACAAUUACUAGCAACGCUAUCACACGAUUUUGGUGUGGACCACAAAGGAGUUUCAGAGCUAGCAGGCAAGCUGCUCGACACUCAGUUAAGGGACUUGGCUACAAUAUUGCAAGUAGAGGACAGGUUACGAUACAGUCUGACUCCGCGCUAUAAACAGUUGCUUAAUCACAUAAGCAGGGUUGAGGGGGGAGUGAAGUUCCUGGUGGACCUACGUGCCGAUCUGCUUGAAAUAAUAUCAUCUAAAGGAAGUGACAGUCCUCACAUUCGGGACCUGAAUGGCACUCUGAAGAGUCUGCUGUCGGAGUGGUUCUCUGUGGGUCUGCUGCGUCUGGAGAGGAUCACCUGGCAGUCCCCCUGCGAGAUACUGCAGAAGAUCAGCCAGUACGAGGCUGUCCACCCUGUGAGGAACUGGACCGAUAUAAAACGUAGGGUGGGGCCAUACCGUCGCUGCUAUGCCUUCACUCACGCUGCCAUGCCAGGGGAACCACUGGUCGUCCUGCAUGUGGCACUCACAGAGGACAUCUCUGAUAACAUUCAGAGUAUCGUGAGAGAGUUGGCUACCCUGGACUUGGAGGAGGAUGUGAACAAGGUCAAUACAGCAGUGUUCUACUCCAUCUCCUCCAGCCAGGCUGGCCUGCAGGGGGUGGAGCUGGGGAACGUUCUUAUCAAGAGAGUGGUGCGGGAGCUGCAGAGUGAGUUCCCCCACAUGUCCCAGUUCUCCAGCCUGUCUCCCAUCCCGGGCUUCUCCUCCUGGUUACUGGGCCUGCUCAGCCAGCACCGGAAGGAGGGCCGCAUGGAGCUGUUAACUGAACGUGAGUGGAGGGAGGUUGCAGAUGUCACAAACACAGCCCCUGAUACCAACGCCCUGGAUGCCCUGCGUAAGCUGAUCAGCACUGGCGAGUGGACCCGCUCUGAACGCCUGGUCCACGUCCUGGAGCCUGCCCUGAUGCGCCUCUGUGCCUGGUACCUCUACGGAGAGAAGCGGCGCGGCUAUACCCUGAACCCUGUGGCCAACUUCCACCUGCAGAAUGGUGCCACCAUGUGGAGGCUGAACUGGCAUGCAGACACCAGCCCCCGGGGAGUGGCCAACUCCUGUGGCAUCAUGGUGAACUACAGAUACUUCCUGCAGGAGACCCCGUCCAACAGCGCUGCCUACAUGCACAACAAAGUCAUCACAGUUACAGAACAGGUGCUGGGCUUGGUCUCACAGUUUCAGAAGAACAGCAAACUCUGAGCUCCAUGGACACCCAUGUACUCGCACACACACACUUGGUAUCAAAGAUGUCUCUAGGUCCAGGACUGGCUGACUUUACGGCUCUGAUCUAAUGUGCCAAAACAAAACACGUUCAAAACAUGGAGACAAUUUGUGGAAUGAUAUUCAUUUAUUUUGUUAUUUUCUUUUUACAAUCUAGCCCAUGUAGCGCAUGGAUUUUUGUUUUAUGGUGUGAGAGACUACAGCUAAUGAAGCGAGAGACAUUUACAGUGCCUUGCAAAAGUAUUCAUCCCCCUUGGCAUUUUUUCCUAUUUUGUUGCUUGUAAUUGUUGCUUGUAAUUGCUUGUAAUUGUUGCUUGUCAUUAUAACUUAAACUUGUCAUUGUAAUUUAAAUGGAUUUUUAUUUGGAUUUCAUGUAAUGAACAUACACAAAAUAGUCCAAAUUGGUGAAAAAAAAAAAAACUACUUUAAAAAAUAAAAAUAAAAAUAAAAAAUGAAAAAGAGGUGCGCGCAUAUCUAUCACCCCCUUUGCUAUGAAGCCCCUAAAUCAGCUCUGGUGCAACCAAUUACCUUCAGAAGUCACAUAAUUAGUUACUUAGAUUCCACACAGAUGGACUUUAUUUAUUACAUGAUCUGUGAUCUCAGUAUAUAUACACACCUGUUCUGAAAGGCCCCAGAGUCUGCAACACCACUAAGCAAGUGGCACCACUAAGCAAGCGGCAGCAUGAAGACCAAGAAACUCUCCAAACUGUUCAGGGGCAAAGUUUUGGAGCAGUACAGAUCGGGGUUGGGUUAUAUAAAAAUUUCAGAAACUUUGAACAGAGCAAAAAAUUGAAAGAAUAUGGCAUCACAACAAACCUGCCAAGAGACGGCCGCCCACCAAAACUCAUGGACCAGGCAAGGAGGGCAUUAAUCAGAGAGGCAACAAAGAUAUCAAAGACAACCCUGAAGGAGCUGCAAAGCUCCACACUGGAGAUUGGAGUAUCUGUCCAUAGGACCACUUUAAGCCGUACCCUCCACAGAGCUGGGCUUUACGGAAGAGUGGCCAGAAAAAAAGCCAUUGCUUAAAGAAAAAAAUAAGCAAACACGUUUGGUGUUCGCCAAAAGGAAUGUGGGAUACUCCCCAAACAUAUGGAAGAAGGUACUCUGGUCAGAUGAGACUAAAAUGUAGCUUUUUGGCCAUCAAGGAAAACGCUAUGUCUGGCGCAAUCACAACACCUCUCAUCACCUCGAGAACACCAACCCAACAGGGAAGCAUGGAGGUGGUAGCAUCAUGCAGUGGGGAUGUUUUUCCAUCAACAGGGACUGGGAAACUGGUCAGUAUUGAAGGAAUGAUAGAUGAAGCUAAAUACAGGGACAUUCUUGAGGGAAACCUUUGUCAGUCUUCCAGAGAUUAGAGAUAGGGACGGAGGUUCAUCCUCCAGCUGGACAAUGACCCUAAGCAUACUGCUUAAGCAACACUCGAGUGGUUAAAGGGUUAACAUUUAAAUGUCUUGGAAUGGCCUAGUUAAAGCCCAGACCUCAAUCCAAUUGAGAAUCUGUGGUGUGACUUAAAGAUUGCUGUACACCAGCGGAACCCAUUCAACUUCAAUGAGCUGGAGCAGUUUUGCCUUGAAGAAUGGGCAAAACUCCCAGUGGCUAAAGGUGCCAAGUUUAUAGAGACAUACCCCACGAGACUUGCAGCUGUAAUUGCUGCAAAAGGUGUUUCUACAAAGUAUUGACUUUGGGGGGGUGAAUAGUUAUGCACGCUCAAGUUUUCAGCUUUUUUGUAUUAUUUCUUGUUUGUUUCACAAUAAAAACAUAUUUUGCAUCUUCAAAGUGGUAGGCAUGUUGUGUAAAUCAAAUGAUACAAACCCAGGUUGUAAGGCAACAUAAUAGGAAAAAUGCCAAGGGGGGGUGAAUACUUUCGCAAGCCACUAUAUUAGGCCGUGCCAUGUUUCUACUUGACAAUGUGUGUGAUGCAUGUUUUGAUCAUUUGGCUGAUCUGUUUUGCUGCAAAGAGGCGUGUGUGUGUGUGUGUGUGUGUGUGUGUGUGUGUGUGUGUGUGUGUGUGUGUGUGUGUGUGUGUGUGUGUGUGUGUGUGUGUGUGUGUGUGUGUGCGUGCGUGCGUGCGUGCGUGCGUGUGUGCGUGCGUGCGUGUGUGAGAUCGUGCAGAGCCGGGCAGGUGAAAAAGGGAACAGACACCCACAUUGUAUAGAAUUAUGUACAGCAAUACAGUACCGUAUUGUCUCUGAUUGUCACCCUACAAUCUCUACUAAUCAGUUAAUUAAUAAUGCGUCUACAUCUGCAUUGCUUGCUGUUUGGGGUUUUAGGCUGGGUUUCUGUACAGCACUUUGUGACAUCAGCUGAUGUAAGAAGGGCUUUAUAAAUACAUUUGAUUGAUUUGAUUGAAUUACUGAUGAUCAAUCAGGCUAUUCUUUAAUGAGCUGUACUCGCAAGAGAUUUAACAUUUUUAAUUUCAUUUACAGUAUAUGUAGAAUUGGUUCUUUUCUGCAAAAGGCUAAGUCAUAUUUCAUACCAAAAUGUGUUCAGUUGCCAUGGCUGACACCAUAGUAAUUGCAGAGGGUGUUUGGAAAUGUUUGCUACCUGCCACCACUCACUCCCCCCUAGAGACACAUAUCUGAUGUACUGCUACACCAAAGUACUGAACCAAGUGGGACUCAUAUCUGCCCCCACUCUAUUGUUUUGAAAGACUAUAUCACAGCAAGUUGACUGUGAAAUUACAUUUUAUCUCUCAAAGGAGCCAAACUUUUUUUUCCGAGCCAGCCACACAGUGUCCCAGAAACGAAUGAAGUGAGAAAUAAAGUUAAAAUAAAUGGAUAGAUUUAUAGCAUUCACUGUAAAGCCGGGAAGGAAAUCAGAGAGCAUAAAAGGACACUGUUUCUAGGAUGCCCCUGAGAAAGCAUUCCUCUCGUGAGACAGACAGGGAGGGUGGACACCUGCUGAUGCUCCAGUGCAACGCCCAAGGCUGUCACACCUGUCCACAACCAUGGGUGAGAUUGUGAAUGGAAACAACAAUGACAUAUACCUACCUUUCCACUAAGCAAAGAAAAGAUCCACUGCUCUAUCAAUUCAACAACAUAGAUGGAUGGAUUUCUGUGGUGUUUAUUCUUGAAUGACAUUGAACUCAAGAACUGGAAAAGUUGUCAAAGAACUGGAGCACUGAGACAAGAGAUGUCACCACAUUGCAUCUCCACUUUAUGUCCUUCAUUGUCAGACAAGGGAAAAGAGCUACAGAGCAUGUACAUGUGCUUGAAUUGAUUUGAUGUGUGAAUAAACCUGUCAGUUGCGUUAA